GCCUUCCCAGUCUAGAUUGCUUCUCACACGCACUGAGAGAGACUUGGGUUGAGGAAGGCCAGCAUGUGUGAAUGAGCAAGCUACUGAAUGGACCUGGUGUGUCCUGGUGCUGGCUCACCUCAUCACACCCUCUUCAUCUCUCACCUCGGCUUGACCCCUAGGUCAGCGACAUUGCCGAUGGAGGUCGAGGUCGGUGUGAGGGCUGUUCUGGGACUCUCCCUCACCAGCAUGUCUGGCCUCAGCCUCAUCUCCCCCGCCUGGUUCCAGAGUCCUUCCUCCUCCUAUGGUGUCUUUAUCUACUGCUCCUGGCCACAGAAUGACCACUGGAACCAGAGCUGUGUGACCUUUGGGUCCCUGAAGGACAUGCCCAGCUUGCCCUGGAAGGUCUCAGCUGCAGCGCUCCUGGGAGGCUGGCUUUUGCUGUCCAUCUGUGCUCUUCUCCUCUCGGCCUGGGCACUGGCCCCCAGAAGGUUGUUUCCCAGGAGGGGCUUUGGUCCGACACCUGUGGUGCAGGCAGCAGCAGCAGUCUUCAUGCUUAUAGGUCUGCUGAUUUUUCCAGCCACUCUGGCUUCCUCAUUCGCCAAAGAAGUCUGUGAAGGCUCCUCCAUGUACCACAGCGGAGCGUGCCAGCUGAGCUGGGGCUAUGCCACUGCCAUCCUCAACAUGGUCCUGACCAGCCUGCUUGUCAUCAGGUGGCAAGUGACCAUGGUCCAGAGGGCAGCUGUCCCCUUAUCCAGUGACACUCAGAGAGUCAUCCUUGUGCCAGAAUAA